GCUUUAUCGAUUCGGACGGUUGUCUCGACGUCAACUUCAGAGAGACAAAGAGAAAGAACACUGCAGAGUGUAGAGCAGAGCAGAGCAGAGCAGAGCAGCAAAGUUCCGGUCAACGUCACAGCUUGUGUAAACUAUAAAGUGCUUUAUGACUCGAUGAAACACGUGUUUUCAAUAUUUCAAUCCGAAAUCGAUGAAACUGUGGUUAUUCGAGAAAUUAUUUAUACUAUAACAUCAUAAUUGAUAAGCGAUCGAAACGAACGUUGUAACAAUAUCGCGAUAUCUUCGGUGCGCGAAUUGGUUUCAGUGAAAUCGUCGGUGUUCAAUUUCUUAACAAUCUGUACAAUGUUUUAAUUUUUUAACAUCGUUUGUAGUGUUUAGUAUUUCUCGUUAGUUUUAAUUAUUAAGAUAAUGGCGCUUCCGUUUGAAAUGAAUUUCGAACGUGUACAAAAAUCUUCGAUAUUCUUCUCUUGCUUGAGUGUCGCCAAAUUAUUUGUUUAUUUGAAUCACGUGCAACCGUAUUAUUUCAUUGACGAGGUAUUCCAUAUACCUCAAACAUUACAGUAUUGCGCCAACAAUUUUACACAGUGGGAUUCAAAAAUUACUACUUUACCUGGGUUGUACCUACUCGCAACCUUCGUCUUAUCACCCAUGAACCUUUGUAAUACGUUUUACAUGAGAUGCAUAAAUUUGUUUGGUACAUUUAUGAAUCUCUAUCUCGCGUACAAUAUAUUUGAACAAAUUUCAUUGACUCGUUGGAUUAAAAAAUGGAACAGCUGGACAAAACUUGCAGUGGCUUAUAACAUUAUGUUCUUUCCACCCCUGUUCUUCUGGCACUUUCUAUAUUACACGGACGUUUUGUCUGUUAAUACAGUAUUGCUAAUGUUAUUGUUACAUUUACGCAAGCAAUUUAAGACCGCAGCUUUCGUAGGUUUUUUGUCUGUGUUAAUUCGCCAAACGAAUAUCAUCUGGGUUGCAUUUGUUACUGUGGAGCGUGCGUUUGACUUGCUAGACCAUAAGAUGCAUAAAUCAAUUUCCCGUGAACAGUAUAGUUCGAUAAUCUAUUUACAACUACUAUGGAAAAAGAUAAUAGAAGAAUGUCACGGAUGGGCGUCAUUCGUAAAGUUUAUUAUUCGAAUGUGCGUAGAGUUGCUUCCGUAUGUGACAGUAUGUUUAACGUUUCUAACAUUUGUCAUUUGGAACAAAGGUAUCGUUGUGGGAGAUCGUACAGCUCAUGUUCCUACUAUUCAUGUGCCGCAGCUAUUAUACUUUUCUGCUUUUCUUUUUUGUUUCUUAUGGCCAUAUAUGAUCGAUCAUUGGAAGGACUAUAUUAACUUUAUUCAAAGACACUGGCUCUCUGGAAGUUGUUUUCUGAUAUGUUUAACUGUUAUAGUCGAUUCUAACACGCUGGUUCAUCCGUACGUAUUGGCGGAUAACAGGCAUUACGUAUUCUACUUUUGGAAUAAGUUUAUGGGUAGAUACAGACUGUUCAAGUAUUUCUUAAUACCCAUUUAUUCGUUCAGCUUAUAUGCGGCUUUCCGUGGAAUUAAGCAUUUAAGGUUUACAACACAGCUUAAUUAUUUUUUCAUGGUUUCGAUGGUCCUUAUUCCUCAGUUGCUUAUAGAGCCACGAUACUUUAUAAUUCCGUAUAUUCUCUAUCGCUUCCUUAUUCGAAAACCAAAGAAGUGGCAAAUUAUCAUGGAAUCGAUUACUACUAUAAUAGUGAAUUUCCUACAGUUCUACAUUUUCGUUAACAAGGUCUUCUAUUGGAACGAUCAACCGUUUCCUCAAAGGAUAUCUUGGUAAAUUUAGUUGAUUAAAUUUCAGGACGUAUUCAAACAAGUAUAACGGUACUAAAUUUUUCGAA